GUGGACAAGCACUUGAGUGUUUGCUGGUGAAGUGAUGAUUUACUCCUGAGAGUGGCUGGCUGGUGGCACCUGCUGUAGCAGUGAGGUGAGGGGCUGGAGGAGCACCCUGGCACAGCUGGCUUCCUGCUGCUCCAUCGCUGCCAGCAAUGCAAGCAGGUGAAGGAGGCCCUCAGACCGGCACCAUGACAGAGUGCUUCGACUGCGACAACUGCAAGGAGUCCCUGUACGGGCGCAAGUACAUCCAGAUGGACAACGGCCCGUACUGCAUCCCCUGCUACGACGCGCACUUCGCCAACACCUGCGACGAGUGCAAGGAGCUCAUCGGCCACGACUGCAGGGAGCUGUACUACGAGGAUCGCCAUUACCACGAGCACUGCUUCCGUUGCUUCCGCUGCGACCGCUCGCUGGCCGAUGAGCCCUUCACCUGCCAGGGCAAGGAGCUGCUGUGCAACGACUGCUACUGCAGCGAGUUCUCCUCCAAAUGCAUCGCCUGUGAGAAGACCGUCAUGCCAGGCUCCCGUAAGCUGGAGUACAAUGGACAGACCUGGCACGAACAUUGCUUCAUAUGCAGCAGCUGCCAGCAGCCCAUUGGGUCACGGUCCUUCAUCCCAGACAAGAAGGAUUAUUACUGUGUCCCCUGUUACGAGAGCAAGUUCGCUCCUCGCUGCACCCGAUGCAAAAAGACCCUCACCAAGGGAGGAGUGACCUACCGGGAUGAGCCCUGGCACAAGGAGUGCUUUGUCUGCACGGGCUGCAAGACCCCCUUGGCUGGGCAGCAGUUCACCUCCCAGGAUGACAACCCCUACUGCAUCAAGUGCUUUGGGAACCUCUAUGCCAAGAAGUGCAGCGCCUGCACGAAGCCCAUCACAGGCUUUGGCGGUGGCAAAUACGUCUCCUUUGAGGACCGUCACUGGCACCACAACUGCUUCAACUGCGCGCGCUGCAGCACCUCGCUGGUGGGGAAAGGCUUCAUCCCCGACAACGAUGAGAUCCUGUGCCGCGACUGCAGCAGCGACCUAUGAGCCCCCGAGGACACCGCGGCCCGGGGGCUUCCCCCCUUCCUCAGGGCCUUGGUGCCGGAUUCCCCGGCAGCGUUUCAGGGGCAGAGCACAAGGCACAGGAGAUGGGGGCUGACCCCGAGCCGCGGUGUGUUCCCCUCCCUGAAGGCUAGAGAGUACGCUGUGCUAUGGCUCUGUGCAGUCAAAGAUAAAUAAAGCUGAAAAAGGAGCUUCGAGACCCGCCCCCCCCCCCAUUAUUUACUCUUUCUUUUCGCUUCCAGUCUAACCAGGCACGAGCCCAGGCUCCCCAGCUGAGCGAAGGGCAGGAGUGGCUUCAGCACUGGGCCGCUGGAUCUGCACGCUGGCAAGCAUGUAUUCACCCCUUGGCACAGCUCUGACCUCUCUUCUUCCUCCACAUGCUUCCCUCGCUCUAGGUGGCACAAGGCGGUGUCACAGCUGGCUUUGCACAGCCUUCUCAUAUGCACAGCUGGCCCAGGAAUGAAGGGCACUGUCUUUUCUUCUGGAGGUUUGGGGGCACCAGGCUGGAGUGUGGCCAGGGGAAGAGCGUACAUCCUGUCAGAUGGGAUCCACCUCUGGAAUUCUGUAGCACCUCACUCUUUGCAGGCCAGACCCUUUGCUCAGCACCUCCAUGGAGGUGCUCUCUUAGCUGUGAACGAGCAGCUCAAGUCACUUGUAGGUACGGGGCAUUCUGCCCACCCACACCUACCCCAUUUCUGUCCACCUGUGCUGUGACCUCCCGUGGCUGGCUGUGCUGGGAGCGCUGUCCUGCUCAGAUGCAUCUGGCUGAGCCCUGCAGAAGGGCUGAAGGCUGAGACCACUCAGGGCUUUAUUCCUUCUCCAUCCCUGUCAUGAGGAUCCAUGGGACGGGCACAGAGCCCAGCUGCCAGCAGCACUGGGAACACCAGAGACCUCCGUUAAUUCAGGGAACGGAGCAUUGCCCACAGCCUGUGCCUGUGAUCAGGAGCUGCUGGGAGGGCCUGCAGGAGCACAGGGCUCCAGCACAGAGAGCAGCUGAGGGGGCAGCAGGAUGUCCACAACCUGCUCCUGCAGGGCUCUGUCCCCAGUGGCAGGCAGGGAGUGGUGCCUCUCUCCAGCCACACUCAUCCUCCCCUGUGUCCCAAACAAGAAGCAAAGAUCGCACCUGUGGGGGGACAAUUUCGCAUUGCCCAGGUCCCAGCUGGCCCUAACUGCAAAGCAGGCUGUGUUGAGCCAUCCCAGACUCACCUGAGACCUUGAGCAAUCCCUGCCCCAUGGCUGAGCUGGCCCUGGGCCUGCCUUGUCUCUGCAUCCUUCUGCUUCUGUCUCGCUGGGCCGCUUCUGCCAACCCUGCUUUCCUGCUUAGUCAGCCACAUGCUUUUCUGAAAACCUGCUCUUGUAGGUUUUUUCCCCUUUUGUACUCAUUUGUCAUGAAUAUCCAUAAUUUUGUACACAACUACAGGAUGAAGGGGAUAGCCCCCCACCCGGGCUUCACUUAGGAACAGAAAACGUUAUGCAUGUUGAAGUGUUAUUACUCUGUGUUCAGAUCCUUGUUGAAUCCUUGUUUGGAAGCUUUGAUGACAGCAAAUCAGAGUUUGUGUGUUUGCUAUUAUGAGAGGAGCAUGGAGCCAUCUCCAGAAGGAAUUGUCCUAAACCUCAGCGUCCUCUGUACUUCCUACAGCUUUAUACAAUAAACCAUUUUCGUGA